CCCAGACACACGGGCGGGCUGGAUCGGGCGGUGAGCGACCCCGGGGCCGGGCCGGAACCUGGGGGGCUGGAUGGGCAGAAGGCAUCCCCUCCCCCCACCGAGAUGAGCUCAAUAAUCUUCAGCCCCUGGGGCAGCGCCAAGCUGCUCUCGGCUCCCAGCCCCACCCAGCAGGGGGAGCCGGAGGGGUCCCUGGGGGGGGCGCCGGGCCCCUCUGAGGGGGGAUCCCGGUGCGAUUGGUGCGAGCAGCUCGCGGAGCAGGGGCACAGGAGGGGCUGUGGGCACCACGUCUGCAAAGAGUGCGAGCGAGACUCGAGCAGGGCCGGGAUCCUGUCCUGUCUUCAGUGUUUGGAGGACCAGGGAAAGCAGCUGCUCAACGACCUGGACCGAGUGCGCCAUCAGCAGGUUGGGAUGGUGGAGGAGGGCAAGUCCCUGCCGGCCCCGUCCCACCGGCGCCUCGUGGUGGAGGUGGUGCAGGGGCCGCAGGAGGCCCGGGGGCGGCUGGACCAGCGGCUGGCCGAGGUGGAGGCGCAGCAGAAGACCUUGCAGAACAUCGUGACGGUGCUGAGCCGGGAGAUGGGCCGGCGCGAGGGGGCCAGAGGCUCGGCCAACGGGGGCUCGGCCGACGUCCUGGGGGAAGCCAUGGCCCGCAUCCUGUACCUGGAGGAGAAGGUGGCCCAGCAGGACACGCUCCUGGCCCUCAAGGACGUGAUGAUCAGCAACCUGGGGGCCCGGGUCGAGGCCCUGGAGCAGACCUCCUACAACGGGCAAUUUCUCUGGAGGCUCCCUGACAUCGGGCGAAAGAUGCAGCAAGCCCUUUCCAGACAGACACCGGCCCUCACCUCUCCCCCCUUUUACACCGGCCGCUACGGCUACAAACUCUGCCUCAAGGUUUACCUCAACGGGGACGGCACCGGGGCCGGGACACACAUCUCCCUCUUCUUGGUGCUGUUGAGGGGCGAAUACGAUUGCUGGCUCAAAUGGCCUUUCCAUCACAAGGUCACCUUCACGCUCCUGGAUCAAGUCGGCGAGCGUCACGUCUCGAGCUCUUUCCGACCGUCGGAAGCCUCCUCUUCCUUCCAGCGGCCUGUGAGCAACUGUAACAUAGCCAGCGGCGUCCCUGAAUUCUUCCCCCUGUGCCAGCUCCACGCCCCGGAAGCCACCUACAUCCACGAGGACACCUUAGCCUUCAAGGUCCUGAUCGGCGACACCAACCUCUAGGGUGGGGCAGUUCGCCUGCGGCUCACGGGACUGGGGCUUGGGCCUCACUCGGGCCUAGAGACAUAGCCGACAGCUUGGACUCCUGGGUUGGCGUCUUUCAAGAUGGCUGCCCACACCGCCUCUCCCCUGCCAAGCCUUCGCCCCAGAUGGCCACCAAGACUUCGCUUCCCCUCCGAUGGCUUCAUCUAAGAAGCUGGCCAUGAAAAGUGGAGGUUGACCCUUCUUGGUAACCACCAUGGAAGAGGUUUUCAAGACAAGAUGACCCUGAAGUCUCUUCCAAUAUGGCCACCCAU